GCGAACCAGAUCCGACUCAUAUCGCACAUCCCAAUACCUCAACGCGACUCCAAACCACACACCUACUGUAGCUCUAGGCAGCUCCCGCUCAUCGAGCUCCCGCCUCUCCCCCUCUUCCAUCCUAGGUCUGCCUAACAAUACCGACACCGAUACGAUACCCACAACUACAACAACUCCUGACGUCCAUUAUCAGAACAAGCGAUUGACACACAACACGACGGACCGAUUCAAUCUAUAGUUUUACGGCUGUGUCACUUUGAAACGAACUACCGUGGUAGCCGACGACACCAGUUCCUGCCCGUCUGGCCAGCUGAUAGUGACGACAUCCCCCGAGGGCGCGCCCACUACCACUCCUCUCUCUGUUCCUCGUAUUUCAACAACCAAAGAACUCUUGAUACACCAGCUGCCAGACCAGACACAGCCACCACAAUGUUUCGAGCCGCGGCCGCAGGGCCUUACGAUGAGGCCAUCAACAAGGCAACCGACGAGAACCUCACGUCCGAGGACUGGGGCGCCAUCAUGGAGGUCUGCGAUCGGGUAGCCACCGAUGCCAACGGCGCCAAAGAGGCCGUCAAUAGCAUGAUCAAGCGCCUGGCCCAUAGGAACGCCAAUGUUCAGCUGUAUACCCUCGAGGUUGCAAACGCCCUCUCCCAAAACUGCGGCAAGAACAUGCACCGCGAGCUCUCCAGCCGCGCCUUCACCGACGCCCUCCUCAAGCUCGCCAACGACCGCAACACCCACACCCAAGUCAAGGCCAAGAUCCUCGAGCGCAUGAAGGAGUGGUCCGACAUGUUCAAGUCCGACUCCGACCUCGGCAUCAUGUACGACGCCUACUACCGCCUAAAGCAGUCGAACCCGACCCUGCAGCCGCCCAGCGCCCCGCAAAAGAAUGUGCUCACCGAUGCCGACCGCCAGAAGGAGGAGGAAGAGCUCCAGAUGGCUCUCCAGCUCAGUUUGCAGGAAGAGGAACGGAAGAAGAGACCUGCUGGUGCUUCGGGGGCAACUGCAUCCUCAUCCAGUGGUGGUGCGGCCGCAGGGCCGAGCAACGCCGGGGGAGCAGGAGCGUCAGGGGAAGGCACGAACUCAACCGCUGGCCAGGCAGAGGCAACACCUCAGCCGGUUCCCUCGAGUACCACGGCCGCUACUGUGUCCCGUGUCAGGGCGCUCUACGACUUUGUCCCCUCGGAGCCGGGCGAGCUGGAGUUCAAAAAGGGUGAUGUCAUUGCCGUGUUGAAGAGCGUGUAUAAGGAUUGGUGGAGCGGAUCUCUCAAGGGCAAGACGGGCAUCUUCCCUCUGAACUAUGUCGAAAAGCUGGCGGACCCGACCCCGGAGGAGUUGCAGCGUGAGGCGCAGAUGGAGGCCGAGGUGUUUGCGGAGAUCAAGAAUGUAGAGAAGUUGUUGACACUCUUGAGUGCUGGAAACACGGGUCCAAGGGAGGAGGAUAAUGAAGAGAUUUCGAAGCUUUAUCACCAGACGCUAGCGAUUCGGCCCAAGCUUAUCAAGCUGAUUGAGAAGUACUCGCAGAAGAAGGAUGACUUUACGCAGUUGAACGAAAAGUUCAUCAAGGCUAGAAGAGACUAUGAAGCGCUUCUUGAGUCUUCCAUGUCUCACCCACCAGGACCGACUUAUCACCAAUACGCAAUGAGACCUCCAAUGACCAAUAGCUACGGAUCUGGGGGAUAUGGCGCCCCUCCUUCGCAACAGCAGCAGGAGCCGCCCCGGUUCUAUAAUCCAGCGCCCGCUCAAGAUGCGCCCCAGUAUCCUGCGACUUCGCCGUCGCCAAACCCUAACCAUUUCAUACGUCCUGCUGGCACUCCUGCGCCUUAUUACAUGGGGGGUGCUGAAGGCCCAGGACAACUUCAGCAUCAACAGCAACCUCCUUACCCUCAACAGCAGCCGCAACCAGCAUAUGGUGGCCCCUCCCGACCUCAAGACCAGCAGCGAAAUCCAUCAGGACCCAGCCCUAUGGCUCCCGCCCCGUUGAACACAACUUCCUCGCCACCCCCAGGGAAUCAGUACACCCCUUACCAAGCCCCUGGCGCAUCCGGAGCCAACAACCGCACAUUUUCAUACAGCAGUACAAACGGCGGUGCCCCCCAAGAGCUCUCUACCUCAGCCUAUGACUCGCCCAUCGCUCAACACAGCACUAACCCCCUCUCCAACCCAUCCUACAGCGCUCCGUCCGCUCCCUCCUACAGCCAAGGGAGGCCUGGAGCUCCCACUGACGACCCCUACGGACCAACGAGCCCCGGAGCAGGAAGUAGCAGCAACGUAGGCUCCGCCCCUCCUCCUCCCUCCGGUCCCGCACCCUCCGCUCCUUCGGCUCCCUCAGCACCCGGUGCUCCCACCAGUUACGCACAGGGCGGAUAUCACAGCCAGAAUCCUUACGCCGCCGCUGCCGCUGCCGCUGCGGCAGCUGCUUCUUCACGGACGCAUGUCCCUGGGGUUUACGAUGGUGCUGGUAGCGAAGUAUCGUCGACGGCACCGCAGCCGCCUGCGGCAUUGCAGCCUGGUGGUGGGGCACAGCCUCAGUACAAGGCUUACGUGCCUCCUGGGGCGCCGUCAGCGCCGGGUGGUGGUCACGAGGGACCAAGUGCCCCGGGGGCGCCUGGACAGAAUGAUGGGUUGGCGGAUUAUUACCGGAGUGCUUACUAAAGCCCAUGAGGUGUUGUAGGGAAGUAAUAGGUGUGACUGUUUGGUUCUGGGUAGCUCUAGCAUGAGUGUUGGAAGAGAGGAUGAUGAUAGUAGCGUGUAAGGCGAAGAGUUGGGUGAUGUGUAGCUUUUUCCUGAAGGGAUUGGAGAUAUAGGUACGAAUAGAAGGAGAGAUGGAUGAGGUGGAAGGAAUGGAGCG